CUGUUAUAAGUUGUUAGUAGUAGUUGUUAGAUCAGUAUUCCAUCGGCUAUUAUAACCGGCUGACGUCCGCAGUUACGUUUAUCUCGUAUUGUUGUUUAGGGCAACAGACGAAUGAUGAGAACGUUUGCUCUUUCAACAGCAUUCUGCAAUACCAUGCAACUGUUGACGUUGUUAACGUUGUUGUUGUUUGCUGAAAGAUCGUCCAGUGAGGGAGUGAAGCUACCGGCGAAACCUUUGAGUAUAUUGGCGUUUUUGCCGACCGAAGGUAAAAGUCAUUUCAUGGGCUUUAAACCGUUACUCGAAAGUCUUGUUUCCAGAGGACAUAAUGUCACGCUUGUCGCACCGUUUGCGUUGGACGGCGCUAAACGGCCGUAUCGUCACGUUAAAGUGGAGCAAACGUUAGGAGAUUUCGACAUGCUAAAAGUGGCAAAAUACGUGAACCUCAUACCCACGCCGUUGCACUUGUGGUGGUUCGGGCCGCACAUUAGCGAGACAAGUCUGGACAAACCGUCGGUGGCGAACUUCAUCAGGAGCGACCGGUCGUCGUUUGACUUGGUGCUGUUCGAGAACUUCUACCACGAGUGUUUCGUAGCCAUCGGGCACAAAUACGGCGCCCCGCUGGUGCAGCUGCUGCCAUUCUCCGCCAACUCCAGGGUGUCGCAGUGGCACAGUAACCCGUACAACCCAGCAUACAUUCCGGACCUGACCAGUAGGUUCGGAUCGAACAUGACGUUCGCGCAGCGCACCAGCAACGCAGUGUCCGCGUUCUUCUACACGGCCGUCUCUCGGCUAGUAUACCUGCCCCGACAACGGGCCGUGGCCGACAAGCACUUUGUGUACCCGGGCCACGAGCGCCGUCCCGACCUUGUCGACAUGCUCCGGAACGUGUCGCUGACACUGGUCAACAGUCACCCGAUCAUCGGUACAGCCGUGCCGAUGGUGCCCAGCUACGUGCACGUGGCUGGCAUGCACUGCGUGCCCGCCGGACCGCUGCCUGAAGACCUAAAACAAAUAGUGGAAAGCGCUAAGGAAGGUAUAGUCUACUUCAGUUUGGGAUCGGUGGUAAAAUCGUCCAAAAUGCCCAAGGAAACAGUAUCGCUCUUAUUGUCGGAACUCUCGAAAAUCGAACAGACCGUCCUAUGGAAAUGGGAAGCUGACGAUGUACCGCAACUACCCAAGAACGUCAUCGUUCGAAAAUGGUUUCCCCAAAACGACAUACUAGGUCAUAAGAACUGCAAGUUAUUCAUCACCCACGGUGGAGUACAAAGCACCACUGAGUCCAUCUACCACGGGGUACCCAUGUUGGCCAUUCCCGUUUUUGGCGACCAGCAGGGGAACUCACUACGUGCACAGUAUAGAGGCAUAAAUAAUUACACGGACUACUAUAAUAACUAUACCAUAUUUCGUAAUCAAAGUAUAAUAUUAUUUUACUCACCGUUUAUACGACAUCGCAGGUACCGGGAAAAUGCCAGAAAGACGUCGGCCGUGUUCAGGGACAACCCGCUGCCACCGCUGGAAAAGGCUGUAUUUUGGGUCGAGUACGUUGCCAGACAUAGCGGUGCGAAACACCUGAGGACUGCUGCCAACGACCUUUAUUGGUUCCAGUACAUGCUGUUGGACGUCCUGUUGCUGGUGUCGUUCGUGGUCGUACUAAUGGCGUGGACGACCAAAAAAAUGCUCGGCUGCGUGUUCGGCCGGUGUUGUCGCCGCAGCCGAAAUAUCACCUCGCCGCCAACAGUGGGGAAAAAAACGCAAUGAUAAUAACAAGCACCCCAACAAUACAGUCGACUCUCAAUCACCUGAAGUUCGAGGGCGGUAAAAAUUCGAGUUGUUAAAAACUUCAAGGUAUCAAAAACCUUGUUAUUGCGUUUAAAGGAUAAUGAUUUUUAAUAUCCGAUAUAAUAUCGUGUCGACUGUAUUGUAUAACUGUUCGUCAUUUCGAUGAAACCAUGAACGUCUUUCUAUUACAUAUUAUAUUACUUCUACUAGUUCUACACGACAUGUACAUAAUAUUAUAUUAUUAAAAACUAUAAUAGGUAAACACGAAUCGCGGUAACAAUAACAAUAUUAUACACUGUUGCGCAGGGCAGACUAAUUCAUGACAGUCGUAACGUCGCCAGUCUUACUACACGAAACGUAAAUUUAUUAUAGUUACCUACCUACUACCUAUAAAGUGCCGCAACUAGCGGGGGGACUGGGGGUCCUUUCCACUUAAGUGGGCCCCCCCAAAACACAAAAUGCUUUUAAAAGGGCCUCCACAAUAAAAUUUGCACAAAGCCUAGUUGCGGCACUGUACCUAUAAUAGUUGAUCAUCGUAAUCCGUCUGUAGUUGGUACAUAGAUGUUUAUAUUACAUUUUUGCCACGUGAAAAACGUUUAAAAACGAUAUUUAACACAAAACUUAUUUUACAAUAAUAUUUUAUUUGUGCACGACACUGUAAUGUUUUUGCGAUAUUUUUACUCUUCAUUAAACGAUUAUUAUAAAACACCUUGUUAUAGGUGGAACAGCUCACAAUAAUUACACAAAAAUAAUUUAAUACCAAGGUAAUAAAUCCAUUUACGGUCUACCUAUAUUGUAUCUAAUAUAUUAUAUGUAUUAUGCAAAUUAUGAGAAAUAUCAAAUAUAAUAUUAUUCGUUUUCAAA